UUUCAUGUUCAUGUUUUUGAUACAUAUCAGUAAUCAUCCAGUUUAUGAUUGUUGUUAAAAUUUAUUAACUAUUUAAGACAAAAACAUUAAGAGAAAAUGGAUGAGGAAGAAGAUGUAAAAAAAAUGAUAGAAUUUAUAAAAUUAAGUCAAGAGAAUACUACUCAAGAUUUUCAGUAUGAUGACUUUAUUAAUUACGAAAAUAAUAGUGAUGUGGAAGAGAAUGAAGAAACAAUAUACUUCGACAAUAAUUACGACUUGUGCAAUUUUACUAGUACGGACGUUUCCAAACUAAAUUCUUAUGAUCCAAGAUCGACCCUAAAGCCAGAAGAACUACUUGUGAUCGACUCCUGUUCAGACCCAGAAUUAAAAAAACUUCUACUCUUAAACCGAACAAAAAAUUUCCAAUUAAUGCAUCUAUAUAAAAAAUUAAAAGAUUUACUGAUACAGUGUCAGAAAGAUAUUACAGAAAAGAGGGAAGUUAUUAACAAUUUUUUGAAAGCGAACAAAGAACAGGGACAUUCCACUGGAGCAUGGCGUUUAGCGGCACCAUACUUUAAGGAUAAGAAACUUUAUGCUUGUCCUCCUAACGCAGAUACACUUAGAAAACAAAAAAAUAAAGAAUUGAAUGUAUACGAUAUCACAGUCGUUCUGAAAUGGACAAGCCUAGAAUGUGAAAAAUUAUUAAGAGCAGUGAAACUCAAUUAUAACAUUAAUCAGCAAAAUGAUGUCGUGAAGAAAAUAGCGACUUUACGACAAAGUAAAGAUGAGGGUGAACCGGAAGGAAUAGAGAAGUUGAAAGAACUAGAGAGUAGGCUGGAAGAGCUACGAAAUGAAGACAAUUCAGAAAUUCCUCCUUUAAAUUCUGAUCAAUAUAUUGACUGGUUGAGAGUUGCGGAAGUAUUUCUACAAGAUCGAAAGACGCCUUUUGAGUGUAAAUCAUUUUGGCACAUUUAUUUACAUCCACACAUCAACAAAUCCCCGUGGACACCCGAAGAAAAUACAAAAUUAAAACAACUGGCUAAAAAGUAUAAACGUCAAAACUGGGACAAAAUUGCUAAAGUGCUAGGCAACAACCGCACUGGUUUUACGACUUGCAUGAAUUAUUUCAGCAAUCUACACAAAAGGUUCAAAAAGGGAGACUUCACUACCGAAGAAGAUUCCCGGCUGGUGCAGUUAGUUCACCGACACAGAAUGGGCAAUUACAUUCCAUGGGUCAAAAUCGUCCAACACUUUAAAAAGAGGACGAGGGCGCAGCUACACCACCGGUACACCUAUUACCUAACUCAGAACGAUAAAAAGAAAGGCAAGUUCACUGACGCCGAGGAUAUAUUGUUGAUGAUUCUGGUCGAUAGAUUUGGAAAGAAUUUUAAGAAAUGUUCGGAGUACUUACCCACGAGAUCGAUGGUACAAAUUAAGGCACGUUAUAACUCUAACUUGCAGCAGAAGCUGAAGAAGGGUUCUUUCACUAAAAAAGACGACGAAAUAAUUAUGAAAUAUGCAGAAGAGAACGGUCAGAAGUCUUGGUCGGAGUUAACAAAGAUAUUGCAAAGAUGUAGGGGCCAAAUUAGACAAAGGUAUAAUACCAUAAAGGCUUAUUUGAAUAAGAACCCUAAUUCAACAUUGGAUGCGGUGCCAAGGAGGAAGCACCAUCUGGCGGAAGUGGGGGAUUCUUUUAAUUUUUUAAGAAUGGUAGCGGAUCAGUUUGCGGAGUCCCCGAACAUUCCAACCCUGUCUGCAAUAGAAAAGAUCCUGAGAAACCACCACCAAGAAAAUCCUGACAAUGCACCACACACAACGGGAAACUUAAACGUAUUUACUAACCCUGUUAGCAUCGACGACAUGCUAACCAACUUCUUUUGUAAUUCAUUCAAAGUGAACCUAACAAAGUGUAUAUCAUCGGCGUACGUGAAUAAAGCCGCUAAAGACGUACAGGCAGUAUUGGGUACGUUAAAUGCCAACAUAGACAUACCACAAAAUUUCGACGAAGACUUAAGAUUAGACAACUUGGAUGUAGCGAUUUUAAAUAUCUUAGCAGAUAACGCAGGUAGUAAAAAAUCCGUUAAAAAAGAUAUAUGGGAAUUGUUACCACCGAAUCUCAACAGUUUAGUAGGCCUGAGGAGUCUUCUAAUAAAGUACUACACGAACAAGUCGACCGACGAAGACACGGACGAUGUUGUUAACGAAGAAAGAAAUCGAUACUUCGACAUCAACACCAGAUGUGACAUCAUGACACACUUACUCACGUUGUCUAACGAGACCAGAACAAAAGUCGAAAAUGAACGCAGGCUGUUCUACAAACGUUUCCACGCACUAUUCAAAUGGCCGGCCACAAUGACGCUUGUGAAUCCAUCUCCGAACUUGCAGGGUAUGAGUACCAGCAACUCGAUUUCGACUCAGUUUCAAGUUAAAAGAACUUACAGUAAAGUGAAUAGAACUAUGGUUACGGAAGGUCCGAGCAAGCAAAUAAAAAUUUCGGAGAUGCCUAGUUCUUCCACCAAAGCCAUUCCUCUGAAAUUGACGCCUGUGACGAAUAAGAGCGUACUGGCCGAUUUGAUUCAAAAUAAAAAUAAGAAGCUGUUUUCCAUGCAAGCCGUCAAGUGUGGUGGUGCAACUAAAAUGGUUAUAAAGGAAGUGAACAUCCGUCCUACCAACGAUAAGGAGUUGAAGGGAAGGAACAGUGAUGUGAAUCAUACACAGACUAGAAGUAGCGUAAAUGACAAACUAAUUGAUUCCGCUGCGACUAUGAAUGGACCAAGCAGUAAGAGACGGAAAUUGUCUGAAUUUGUAUCAGAACAUGAGGAAUGCAUUAUGUUAACUUCGGACGAAGAAGAAGAAGAGGAAGAUUACGUGAGUUCUAGUGAUGAAUCGAACGGUACUGUUAAGGAUGAUUUACAGGACCUUAACAGAUUGGAGGCUUUUCUGAAAGAACAUCAGAGCAAAGAUAUGCCCAAAAAUGAUGACGAUCUAGAAGAUUUAAGGAAACUUGAAAAUUUUUUAAAGGAGCAAGAAGAAGAGGGUUGAGAUCUUAUUCAACCAUAAGAGAUUAUUAAAUAGUUCAUUUAGUUUAUUUAUAGUUGGUCAGUGACUGAUUUUAUUUUAUUAUUAUUGAAAUUAUGAAAUGCAGAAUUUAAUUAUAACGUGUAAAUAAUUGAAUUAGUUGUAUAGGUAUAACGCAAAAGUUUUUAAUUAAA